CAAAAUAUCACGUGACCUACCAUUGUGUGUUACAAAAAGUAAAUAGUUUUACGCACUCAAAACCCUAUGCUUACAACAGCAUUGAUUCAGAAAAUGUAGAAAAGUAUAAGCGAUGUGGGGACAAUACAAGACCAUGUCCUCAUAUAGGGUGAAAGGUCAUGGGCUCCCCAACACUCAAAAACUCACUGUAGUCUUCAUCGUGGCUGUCAUCAUGUCACCUCAUGGAAUCAUACUUACUGCAAGUGUUCCAUGCUACAAGAAUGACACCAGCUCAUGUGUCCCUGUUGAGGUUACAGAAUGCUUGACAGGGGAGGUUACAUUCAACUAUACCUCCCUGGUUUACACCAAUGGCAGCCUGUCGCAGGUGGAGAUACAGACCCAGCUGGAUGCCUGGUCACACCUCAAGGCUGUACCAGAAUGCUGGAGCAUCAUACAGCCAUUCCUGUGUUCAGUCUACCUACCUAGGUGUGAUCAAGGGGAGGGUACUGGGGUAGAACGACCAAACCGUGAGCUCUGUGAACGAGUUCGCUCCCCUUGUCAAGUGAUCAUUACAGCUGGAGGACAAUGGCCAUCAUUUCUGGAUUGUGAGCAGGACUUCUACGCUGAAAAUUGCGGGCCAACGUUCUACGAGACCUCAAAGUUUACGACCGAUGGGGAGUGUGUAGCCCCACUGAUCAGCACAGGUGUGGAAGAGAACUGGUACGGGGGGAUGCAGGGAUGCGGGAUGCAGUGUGAGGAUCCGCUGUACACCCCAAAUGAACACAAGGGCGUGUUUAUCCUGGUUGCUGUCGUGGCGUCGCUUUGUGUGACCAGUCUACUGUUUACCAUCAUCACAUUUGUGCUAGACUGGAAAGUUGGCCGUAAAUACCCCGCGGUGAUCCUGUUCUAUAUAAACGGCUGUUUUUUGGUUGCGACUCUCGGUUGGAUGGUACAGCUAAUGGCAGGGGAGGGUGUGACAUGCAGAAAAGAUGGAACUAUUCGGAAAAAUGAACCUCUUAUUGGGUCAGGGGAGAGUGCAACAUGUACAAUUGUGUUCAUUCUGGUGUACUACUUCACAAUGGCAGGAGUGGUGUGGUACGUCAUGCUGGCUUACUCAUGGGACAUCCACUUCAAGGCUCUAGGUACAGUGCGAGACGACCUGUCAAAGAAGACGGCUUAUUUCCACAUCAUCAGCUGGUGUCUGCCGCUCGUUCUCACCAUCAUCUGUCUGUCUACAUCUGUCAUUGAUGCCGACUCCAUCAGCGGGAUUUGUUUCCCUGGUUUUACCAAACUCUGGGUGCGGGUGGGGUACGUCCUGGCCCCUAUCUGUAUCUCUCUCACCAUUGGGGCUGUGUUCUCAUUUAGAGGUUUGAAAACAUUAAUCAAAGUAAGGAAGGACUCGCCACCGUUUAUUGGAGCGAAGGCUACAUCCAAAAUACAUGAUACAAUCAUCCGACUAGGUGUGUUCAUACUGCUAACGUUUGUGCUGGUACUGAUUACCGUGUGUGUUCACCUUUAUACGUUUAUCAACACGUCGACAUGGGAGAACAAUCUUCUCACCUACACCUAUUGCCGUUCAAACAUCUCAGUGAGCCAGAUUAUUGAAGGAACCGUGUCUACCUCCUGUGAGAUAGAGAGCAGGCCGAGUGUGGUUGCGGUGGCGGUCCAUAUCAUCACGUUUUUCGCUGCAAGCCUCGUCUUCAGUUCAUGGUCCUGGAACAAAGCUUCCAUAAACGUGUGGAGGAGGACAUUUAGAAGGAUAUGUAACAAGCCCGUCAAUGAGCCUCAGAGGCUCCACAAGCAUCGACUGGUGGCGCGCAGGAUGAAGAGGCAGAAACAACGCAGCAACGAGAGACUCUCAAUCAGCUAUGGGACCGAUCACGAUGAUCCUGUUGGUAUGAGGUUUGAACGUAACAGUGCGAGUUCCCAUUCUCUGUCCUCAGGAUUUGCUGUCUCUAUGCCCAAACAUCGGGGCCGCAGGAGUAUGCUAAAUCCACAUUUCAGGCAUGGGCGGCGCAGACAUGCUGACUCAGAUGCACUGUCUCAGGGGUCAAGAAAGGGGUCAUCAAGGUCAUCACAUCGAAGGUCAUACGAGUCAAGUAUGAGCCAAAAACUGAGCGACAUUGAGCGGGAAAUUAGGGAAGAGGAACGAAGAAAACGCCGAAAGAAAAAAAGAAAGCACCGACAAAACCGCAUACAACCAAUCUUUGGACCUUUAUUAAGUGAUAUGAAUUCUUUGAACUCUUAUAAAAUGAAGAAUUUAAUUCAUCGGCAGAGGCAUAAAAGUGAUUCAUCUGAUAUAAGUAAGGCAUCUGCUAAUGGUGUUUGUGUGAAUGUAAACAACAGAAAACAUUUUCCAAUGCAGUCAGUUGGCUCGUCAAAUAAUAUUUCCGACUCGAUUUUGACUAAGAAUACUGAUAGUAUAUCAGAAAUAGAUCUACCUCAAACAAAACCAGUACUGCCAGAUUUCUCAAUAUUUACUGCAAAAGCUGCUUUACUGCCUACUAAAACUGGUGAAAAGGGAGAUAACUCGAAUACAAAUGGCAACUCAACUUUAAAGGGAGCUAAUCCCUCACCAAGUGGAAGUUUUCGAAGAGGAAGAAGAAGAGAAGUUAAGCUGGAAAUGACUGAAACAAGCUUCUAUCAGGAAGAUGACGAGAAUAUUGAGAUGGGAGGAAACCAGGUGAUAAAUUGUGAAGAAAACUGUCACGAAACAGGGGAGGUCAAAGGAAACUUGAAAGAAUUAGGUCCCUUAGUGAAUGAAAUAUUUGAGCAAGCAAGGGCAAGUUCGGGGAAUGGGAGAAGUUCCACGCAAGGGCAAAGAGACCCAAUGGGAAGCAGUAGACUGGGAUCUGCCUCAAGUAGAGGCAGUAGGGGAAGUAGAGGGAGCCAGUCUAAAACAAGAGAUUUUAAAUACGCAAAUACAAAGGUCAAUCUACCGCCUGAGGUCCCUAGAAAUGAGGGGGACAAGACAGCAAGAAAAAGACCCUUUUCUGGUGAUUAUAUUUUAACAUCUCAAAGAAACAGUGCCAAGAGAGAUGAAUCAACAAGAAAAUCUCAAUCUCAGCCAAAUAGUCGAGUUUCCUCUGCAACAGAUGGUCAUAAGCGUCAGAUUGGCCAUAAUGGUAAGUUAGACUUCACUGAUGGACAAAGUUGGUCUCGAUUUUUGCAAACAAAGGGCUAUACUGCGGGUCAGUUGUUUGAUCCAAUUCAAGGUGAUAACCGAACUGGUCCUAGUGGUCAAGAUGCUGGUAACAUAUUUAGUAAUCCUUUAAUCUAUGAAAGAGGUCAUCUUGGUUACCAAGGUCAGAACUAUCGUCUAAACCCUGGUCAACUGCAGCUAAUGGAUAAAAGCCAUUUUCAGCCAGUGGAAAAUCAAACAGGUGAUACUCAUAGUACAGGAUUUGUAGUAGGUAAUGAGAACACAGAUGAAUUUGGAGGUAAAAAUAUAAGCUAUUCUCCAAGACCUUACACCAAUCCAUUUAGAAAAAAUCGUGACCCAACUGAAGGUGAUGUUCUUGGUGAUCCUCCUGAUGUUGCUGAUUCACCAGUUAAUGUAAGUGUUGAGAACACGGUCAUUGGAACAUCAGAUAAAUGUAAUGCUCAACCAAAUGUGAAUGUUCUUAACAUUGAACAGGAGCAAAUUGAAUCAGUAUUACUUAAAAGACCUUAUACAAACCCCUACAGAAGACAUAGAGACGCAGAUAAUGAUGAUGAUGAUUUUGAAGAAGGUUGUGAAUUAAAUGGUGACUGUUUAGGUAAACCAGGACAGAUGAAUGUAUCAGUUGAAGUUCAUAAAGAAGCUGGUUCUUCAGAGGAGACUGCUAACAUUCUGAAUGUGGAAGCUGAACAUUGUCACCAUUGUGGUGCGCAUAAACACGCUGCUGGAACAGUAAAUGUGUUAGAUAUUGCUGCUGAACAGAUGUACCGAAGUGGGGAUUAUGCUCAGGUAGUUAAAGAUGUUGAUGUUGAUAUGGGAACUAAGAAAAGGCCAGUGAUAAAUGUUGAUGUGUUAAAUGUUGAAGCCGAACAAAGUGACCAUGAAAAGCUUAAAAAUGUGAUGAAAGUGUCUGAAACUGAAUGUAGAAAUGAUGACCUUUCUAUAAUUGGGUCAGAAUUAGUUGUGAAUGACAAUACAAAUGGAAAGAAUCGUGGUAAAGAAGUGAAAUCAGUUGGAGUUGUUAAAACUAAAACAAAAAUGCCAAAGAUGAAGAAUGAGAAGGGACAUAGAGCAAAUCCUGUUGUCAUGGAGAGUUAUAUUGGUGAACAGGGAACGGAUAUUCUAGAAAAAGAACAAGAUAACAAAGAUAUAAAUAAAAACAAAGGCAAGGGAAAGGCUACUGAAGAAAACAUCAUUGCAUCACCAAGAGAGAUCAAAACACUAGCUAUAGAAACUGAAAGAAACCCAAUUAAUAUUGCCAAAGAAAUUGUUCUCAAAGAAGGUAAAUUUAAAGAUCAAGGAAAAGUUAGUGCUUUCGAUGGAAGGGGUCUUAAAGGAAAACAACCCCUGACAAAUUAUGCCAUUAAAGACCCCAUUAAAACCACUGGUGCCAUUGUUUUAGCUAAGAAAGAUAAGGAGCCUGAUGUCAAAAUUAUACAUAAUACAAGUAAAGUGGUAGAAAAUAUACCAAUGAAAACACAAGUACUAGGCAAUAAAACUGUCAGAGCAAAUAUGAAAGUGGAGUCGAAGCCUGGUCUACCAAUAGGUCCUAAACUCAAUGCAGUCAAUAGUAACAGUGUGGAGAGUGAUUCAAGAAAAAGUGCUUUGCCUCCGAGAAAAAGGUUUGGUUCUCAAGGGUCAGGCUCAACUAGUUCUAGGUCUACUAGUGCAAUAACUAGGUCAUCAGGUACUAGUCGAAACUCUGACACCAGUCAUAAUGAAAAUUUGGACAAUUGUUUACCGAGUUCUGGAAAUAUAAGUUUAGGCUUUAUUAACGAGAAUUAUAAACCACCAAAGGAUAGAAGUAGUUCAAAGAAUAAAGUGCCUUCCGAUAAAUCUGUUGGAAUGUUUGAUUUUCUAGAGUGUGAUGAUUUUGAUUCGGAAUACGAUGAUGUUUCGACUGAUAAUUUGACUGAUACAUAUACCUACACAGAUGAUGAUUUGACUGAAGUUUCCUCUCUGCCUUGUUAAGACAUAUCACCUCAUUUGAGUGUUGAAGCUUAUGAUUUUCUUAAAGUGCAUUUAAAGAGGCAUUUUGACUAGGUAGAAUUAGUGUUUUUGAAGAUAUGAUUUUAAUCAGAUAUACUUGAUUAUUUCUUUGCAUUUAUUAUUGUAUGUGGUCAUCAUUGAUAUUAUUGUGAUCAACAUCAUUAACUCAUUCAGCGUCACCAUUACUGUUGCUCUAAUCACCAUCACCAUGACUUCACCAAUUAUCAUUAUUAUCAUCAUCAUCAUCAUCAUCAUCAUCAUCAUCAUCAUCAUCAUCAUCAUCUUCUUCAUCAUCAUCAACAACAACAUCUUCAUCAAUAUCAUCAUCUGCUUCAUCAUCCUCUUCAUUGUUGUUGCUGCAAUCGAAUGUAUUAUUCUUGUUUAUAGAUGAAUAUAAUGCAUGUAGGUAGUUAGUUUAUGUACAAAUUGUAUUUCUGUGUUGUGUAAAAUGGCAGUAGUUUUAUGUCAUAAAGAAUCUCAUUUGCUAUAGUUUACUAUUGGUGCCUGUUUAUACUUUGUGUUUCUUAUUCUGUUUUUUUUACUGCUUUAUACCUGAUUUAAAGAAUAUUUUUAAAGAAAUGAAAACUGAAUAAACUAUUUUAUU